CGGUAAUUCUUGAAGCUGAGUCAUGGCCUAGCCUGUUAGAUCAUCGCCAGAGCUUAAACAUCGAACCACUAUCAUCAUCCUCAGAUAACGAGCCCAAAUGAAGAGCGCACUUCCUAAACUAAGGUCAAUUGGAUCUGCCCAGAAUGUUAGUACCUUGUUACGGGCAACAUCUUGUGCAUCCUGCUCUUCUUUGUCAUCGAGGAGCUUCACAAGUUUGAACCGACCCCCGCCAAACUACCCAGGCCAUGUUCCUCUAACGAGAGUUGAGCGGGCUGGGCUGGCCAUUGGGGCCAGCGUAAUGUCUUUUUUCGAUCCCUAUCGCCAUGACCUCAUCGCUGCUACUGGCGAAGCCACAGCCACACCAUACUUCAUCUACCGCCUUCGCGACGCUAUGCUCGCCGAUCCAACCGGCCGUCGUAUCCUCCGAGCUCGACCUCGAAUCUCCUCCAAAACCCUUUCCCUCGAAGCUCUACGUGCGCUACCCGAAAACUCCGUUGGCCGCGCCUAUGUAGGCUGGCUCGAUCGCGAAGGCGUCUCCCCCGAUACUCGAGCUACGGUGCGGUACAUCGACGACGAAGAGUGCGCAUAUGUCAUGCAGCGAUAUCGCGAGUGUCAUGACUUCUACCACGCUCUGACUGGUCUGCCUAUCGUGCGCGAGGGUGAGGUUGCACUCAAGGCUUUCGAGUUUGCGAAUACGUUGCUUCCCAUGACGGGAUUAAGUAUCUUUGCGGCAGCUACCAUGAAGAGGAGCGAGAGGCAGCGAUUUGCCUCGAUAUACCUACCCUGGGCUUUGAAGAAUGGGGCACGGAGCAAAGAAGUCAUUAAUGUCUUCUGGGAAGAGAGACUUGAGGAUGAUGUUAGUGACUUAAGAAAAGAGCUGGGCGUGGAGCAACCACCCGAUAUGAGAGACAUACGAAAGAGGGAGAGGGAGGAGAAGAAGAGACUCAAAGAGCUGAGAGAGCAGGGGCUAUAAUUGUCUGAGUAUCCUUCUCCCAUCUGACUUCUCUUGCAAUACUUGUACUCUUCUGUAUUAAAUGUCAAAUUUAGAAUUACCACUUAGCGUUGUUAUUGAGGCCAAAAUUAUUGUUGUUCCAAGAUUCCCGA